UUGCUGUCACACUCUGUUUUCAUCACCAAAACUUAAACCUCUCAACUUUCCUAUUAAACCCUAGAUCUUCCCCGGUACUUUCACUUUCUCCACCGCCGACCACCAUAAAUGGCUGCCUCCGCUUCCCCUACCCUCCGUACACCUUCCUUAAGGAACUCCCUAUUUUCUUCUCUCUCUUCUAAGCUUCCUCUUCCUUCCGCUUUUUCUGUUAAUCUUCGUCCACGGAGUGUUGCCGCCCCGCGGUUUGUGGUUUUGGUCUCUGCGUCUCUAAAUGCGAAACCCACGGUUCUUGUUGCGGAGAAGCUCGGGGAAGCGGGUCUUGAUUUGCUUAAGGAAUUUGCUAAUGUUGAUUGCUCCUAUAAUUUGAGCCCUGAGGAGCUUUGUACCAAGAUCUCUCUCUGUGAUGCGCUUAUUGUGCGUAGUGGGACUAAGGUUAGCCGUGAGGUGUUUGAAUCAUCUGGAGGAAGGUUGAAGGUCGUUGGGAGAGCUGGUGUUGGCAUUGACAAUGUAGAUCUGGCGGCCGCCACUGAGCAUGGUUGUUUAGUGGUGAAUGCUCCCACUGCUAACACCGUAGCUGCCGCCGAGCACGGAAUUGCGCUUUUGACUGCAAUGGCUAGAAAUGUUGCCCAAGCCGACGCAUCUGUUAAAGCUGGGAAGUGGCAACGCAACAAAUAUGUUGGUGUAUCACUUGUGGGGAAAACACUGGCUGUAAUGGGAUUCGGCAAAGUCGGAUCUGAAGUUGCUCGUCGUGCAAAGGGACUUGGCAUGCAUGUAAUCGCACAUGACCCAUAUGCCCCAGCCGAUCGUGCUCGUGCAAUAGGUGUAGAGCUUGUGGGCUUUGAAGAAGCCAUUGCAACGGCUGAUUUCAUCUCUUUACAUAUGCCUUUAACUCCAGCCACGUCAAAGAUCCUUAAUGAUGAGAAUUUUGCAAAGAUGAAGAAAGGAGUAAGGAUUGUGAAUGUUGCUCGCGGAGGAGUAAUUGAUGAAGAAGCUCUUGUAAGGGCGCUGGAUGCUGGAAUUGUUGCUCAGGCUGCCCUUGAUGUCUUCACUGUGGAACCACCUCCUAAGGAUAGCAAGUUGAUUCAGCACGAGAAUGUCACCGUAACUCCUCAUCUUGGUGCUAGCACAAUGGAGGCUCAGGAAGGAGUGGCUGUUGAAAUAGCUGAAGCUGUUGUUGGAGCCUUGAAAGGGGAGCUUGCGGCUACCGCCGUCAAUGCUCCGAUGGUUCCUGCAGAGGUGUUAACGGAGCUGAAACCAUUUGUUGAACUCGCUGAGAAAUUGGGAAGAUUGGCUGUCCAAUUGGUAGCCGGAGGAAGUGGUGUGAAAACUGUGAAAGUAACAUAUGCUUCCUCUAGAGCUCCUGAUGAUCUUGACACCAGGCUUCUUCGUGCCAUGAUAACAAAAGGUCUCAUUGAGCCUAUUUCCAGUGUUUUCGUGAACUUGGUUAAUGCUGACUUCACUGCCAAACAAAGAGGACUACGGAUAACCGAGGAGCGAGUCAUUAUCGAUGGUUCGCCUGAGAAACCAUUAGAAUACAUUCAGGUCCAGAUUGCCAACGUGGAAUCCAAAUUUGCCAGUGCUAUAUCAGAUAGUGGAGAGAUAAAGGUGGAAGGACUUGUGAAAGAUGGAGUCCCUCACCUCACGAAGGUCGGGUCUUUUGAAGUCGAUGUUAGUCUGGAGGGCAGCAUCAUUCUCUGCAGGCAAGUUGACCAGCCAGGUAUGAUUGGAAAGGUUGGAAGCAUUCUUGGCGAAGAAAAUGUUAAUGUUAGUUUCAUGAGUGUUGGAAGGAUUGCGCCUCGGAAGCAAGCUGUUAUGGCCAUUGGUGUUGAUGAACAGCCCAGCAAGGAAUCCUUGAAGAGGAUUGGUGAUGUCCCAGCAAUUGAAGAGUUUGUUUUCCUCAAGUUGUAGAAUGUACUAUGGUCAUGACUCCCUUUCCUUCCCUCUUCCCUUUUUCCCCAAGAAAAAAAGAAAAAACUUAUUGGUUGCGAACCAUCCUCUCGGGAUUUGGGUACAUUCCUUCCUACAUGUCAUGUUUGGCCCCAAUUUUGACAAUUUUUAUUUAAAUAAAGCUGGAUUGUUGUCACAA